GUCAAGUUUCAAGUUUUUCGUCUACGUGUAGAAAUGUGGAAAAUAUCAGUGUUUCGGUGAUUUUAAAGAGGAAAAACAUAAAAAAUUCAUGAGAAUCUGAUAGUUUCCAUAUUCCUCAAGAAGAAUAACAUAAACAUGCGAACGUUGUGUAAAAUACUGCUUUUAUCCUUUGUUAUUGGGACGUUUUCAGAUGAACACAAUCACAUAUAUGAUGAUAAUGAAGAGGUAGUCCUGUGGAUGAAUACUGUAGGUCCCUACCACAACAGGCAGGAGACCUAUGCAUAUUAUUCACUACCUUUCUGUGUGGGUUCCAAGGAAACCAUUAGCCACUACCAUGAAACACUCAGCGAAGCUUUGCAAGGGGUUGAAUUGGAAUUCAGUGGAAUUGAAAUUGAAUUCAAAAAUAACAUGGCCAAAGGAGAAUAUUGUGCAGUCCCUCUGGAUGAAGAAAAAUACAAGGCGUUCGUGUACGCCGUCAAAAAUCACUACUGGUACCAAAUGUACAUCGAUGACCUGCCCAUAUGGGGCGUUGUGGGCGAAGUCAAGGACAACAACUACUACAUUUGGACGCACAAAAAAUUCGAAAUCGGUUACAACGGCAAGCAGAUCAUCGAUGUCAAUCUGACGUCAGAAGAUAAGGUUCAGUUGCAGCCAACAGGCAAGUUGAGCUUCACCUAUGAGGUGAAGUGGAAGAGAACAGAUACCAAAUAUGAGGAUAGGUUUGACAAGUAUUUGGAUCACAAUUUUUUCCAACACAGGAUCCAUUGGUUCAGCAUCUUUAACAGCUUCAUGAUGGUGAUUUUCUUGGUGGGUUUGGUGUCUAUGAUAUUGAUGAGAACUCUACGAAAAGAUUACGCUCGGUAUAGCAAAGAUGAAGACAUCGAUGAUAUGGAAAGAGAUUUGGGCGACGAGUACGGUUGGAAACAAGUGCACGGCGAUGUGUUCCGACCGGCAUCGAAUGCCCUCUUUUUCUCGUCUCUCAUUGGGGCCGGACAUCAGCUGACCACCGUCGUACUGUGUGUCAUCAUAUUCGCCAUAUUGGGAGACUUGUACACAGAGAGAGGUUCUCUUCUUUCUACCGCCAUAUUUGUGUACGCGGUCACGUCUCCGAUCAACGGUUACUUCGGUGGCUCCCUCUACGCUCGGAUGGGCGGCAAAAUUUGGAUACGUCAGAUGAUAGUGUCCGCUUUCAUGUUGCCGGCUUGCGUUUGCGGUACGGCGUUCUUCAUCAACUUCAUCGCCAUCUACUAUCACGCCUCCAGGGCCAUACCUUUCGGAACGAUGGUGGCGGUGACGUGCAUCUGCCUGUUCGUCAUCCUCCCGCUGACCUUGGUGGGCACCGUGCUGGGCCGCAAUCUGGCCGGCCAGCCGGACCACCCGUGCCGCAUCAACGCCGUGCCACGGCCCAUCCCCGAGAAGAAGUGGUUCAUGGAGCCGGGCGUCAUCAUCCUGUUAGGCGGCGUGUUGCCCUUCGCCAGCAUUUUCAUCGAAAUGUACUUCAUUUUCACGUCUUUCUGGGCGUACAAGAUCUACUACGUGUACGGCUUUAUGCUGCUGGUGUUCAUCAUCCUGCUGAUAGUGACCGUGUGCGUGACCAUCGUGUGCACGUACUUCCUGCUGAACGCCGAGGACUACCGCUGGCAGUGGACGUCCUUUUUGGCCGCCGGCUCCACGGCCACCUACGUCUACGUCUACGCCAUCUACUAUUUCUUCUUCAAGACAAAAAUGUAUGGUUUGUUCCAAACGGCGUUCUACUUCGGCUAUAUGGCCCUGUUCAGCGGAGCCCUAGGCGUCAUGUGUGGAACAGUGGGGUAUAUCGGCACCAGCAUUUUCGUGAGGAAAAUCUAUUCCACUGUGAAAAUCGACUGAAGCGAUAUGAACACUCGUUUUUCGUUGAAUACAAAAAAAUGUCUAGUUUGCGUCUCCAUCUCGAGUUUUUUUUUCUCACUUGAAAGUGUGUGGGGAAGGUGAUAAGAAAGUGCGACUAGAAGAUGAGAUUUGUUGGAGCGUGUGAAGAUGUUGAAGUGUGAUUGAAUAUACCAGUUUAUUAACUUUCUUUUCAAAAUGCGUCCAGUGUUUCAUAAGGUUCCGGAAGAAUUUUGCGAAUCUUCCACAUGUCAUCAUAUUACUUUAGAACUAUUUUUUGAAGAAUAAUACAGAGUGCAACAAGAAUGGGCUGUUUAGAAAGAGGGUCUGCUUCUCAAUAUAGUCAGGUUUUAUAAUUAUCGAAAAAAAAAUUGAAGAAGCAAAAGUACUUUGAGACCACUCCAAUUUUGAUUUUGAAAUGUUUUUUUGAUGCAAGCACAGGAUCUUUCUGUACUCCAAAAUGGAAAUCAAGUUUGAUUAUUCAAGUGGAUCACCCUAUUAGUUUUCAUAUUUUCAUAAAUUCGAAAAUAUAUGAAAUCAUAAGUCAAGCUCUUACAUUUUUCAACAUAAGUUGGUCUUGUAUUUUGUGAUCAAAUGAAAAAUCACAAUGAGAAAAGUCAGAGUUUUUAAAAUUAUUUAUAAUAACUAGUUUUCCC